CAUCCACAGAGCUGUUCUUUCACAGCAAAGAAAGACAACAAAACAGCAGAAUGGAGACAGUAAAGUUUCACUUAAACACUACAAGAACCAACUAAGAUAACUAACAACUACAUGAUGAAUUCCACAGACCAUCAAGGGUUGAUCUCUGUGGGCUAUACCAGGAACCUCAGCACUGCUGGGACUCUGGGAACCCUCAACAAAGACUCAGAGGGCGUCGGUAUCAAGGACUCCUCAACAGGAUGUUACGAGCAGCUCCUCAUCUCUACCGAGGUCUUUCUCACACUGGGGAUAGUCAGUUUAUUAGAGAACAUCCUGGUGAUUGCUGCCAUCAUCAAGAAUAAGAAUCUCCACUCUCCCAUGUACUUAUUCAUCUGUUCUUUGGCUGUGGCAGACAUGCUGGUCAGCGUCUCCAACGCCUCCGAGACCAUCGUCAUCGCCCUGAUCAACAGCGGCAACUUGACCAUCUCCGGGUCACUCAUAAAGAGCAUGGACAACGUGUUCGACUCCAUGAUCUGUAGCUCACUGCUGGCGUCAAUCUGUAGUCUCUUGGCCAUCGCCAUAGACCGCUACAUCACCAUAUUCUACGCGCUGCGCUACCAUAACAUUGUGACGGUAAAGCGAGCGAUGGCGGUAAUCGCGUGCAUCUGGUCGUGUUGUGUGGCAUCGGGCGUGCUCUUCAUUAUCUACUCUGAGAGCACCACGGUCCUCAUCUGCCUCAUCACCAUGUUCUUCACCAUGUUGGCGCUCAUGGCCUCGCUCUACGUCCACAUGUUCAUGCUGGCCCGCCUGCACAUGAAGAGGAUUGCCGUGCUGCCCGGGAACGUUCCCAUCCGCCAGCGUGCCAACAUGAAGGGCGCCAUCACCCUCACCAUCCUCCUGGGUGUGUUCGUAGUGUGCUGGGCUCCCUUUUUCCUCCACCUCAUCCUCAUGAUAUCAUGCCCCAGGAACCCCUACUGCGCCUGCUUCAUGUCGCACUUCAACAUGUACCUCAUCCUCAUCAUGUGUAACUCUGUCAUCGACCCACUGAUCUACGCCUUCAGGAGCCAAGAGAUGAGGAAGACCUUUAAGGAAAUCUUCUGCUGUUCAUUUAACCUUUCCAUCGGACCCUAA